AACGACCUUUAUUGGAUUAUAAUUAAAUUCACGUUUACGCGUAUUUUGCUCCUCAUCUCACCUCUCCUCGUAUUUCGGUUAUAUUGCUCCCCCUUUUGGCGCACUUGCAACUUGAAACCCGCUCUUUUACCCCCUUUUUUCACGUUGUCGUUGUGAAUUGAGUUGAGUGUGUAGAGCCUGUAUUUUGGAUUAAACCGCUGCCGCCGCCGCUCGCACCUCUCUUUUAUUCACCUUCACAUCUUUAUCAUCAUCAUCAUCAUCAAACCGUCGUCGUCGUUGUUCGUUGUUUCAAAUUCGCUUGUCGUCAUUUAUCGUUAUUUUGGAAUUGUGUCUGAUCUAAAAUCUGCUCUACGCACAUAUUUUUGGAUUAUAUUAAUAUUCUCGGGGAGCAGGAACUGCUCAAGAGAUUAACCAACAAAAAGAGGAGGAAUCGAUGCGAACCAUCAUCAUCGUCUACUGCUUGAGUGGAAGUUGAUAAAUUUUUGAAUUAAAUAUUUUGUAGAGGAUAUAAGAAAAUAAAUCGAAAAAGAGAUUAUUAUGGAAAAAGCGAAAGCAUAUAUAAAAAAUGAAUUACGUGGGGGUUCCUUAAUGCAAUCGGAACCCCCGCCACCACAAUCACAAUCAUCUGCACCAGCAUCAUUAUCGUCGUUGGGCCAAACACAUUCGUCUUCUACGGGAGCGGCAUCAUCAAUUCCGCCAACACAUCGAACGUCUCCACCAGAAAGUCAACACCAACAACAACAACAGCAGCAACAACAGCAACAACACCAUCAACUUCUUCAACAUCAUCAUCAUUUGCAACAACAGCAUUACCAACAACAACUUCAACAACACCACCAUCAGCAACAACAUCUGCAACAUCAGCAGCAACAACAGCAACAACAACAGCAACAACAGCAACAACAACAUCAACAACAGCAACAACAACAACAGCAUCAUCAUCAUCAUUCAAAAUCUAAUAGCAGUAGCAGUCACAACCACACAACUCCUGAAGUCAUCCCGCUUUGUUAUGUGUGUGCUGGUCAAGGAGGCUUCGAACCCAUACGGGUUCGCCCUAACCCGGAAAGACUCACAGAGCCAUACUUUCCAUUUUUAGAGAGACAUGAAGCCCCUGUUGGAGUUCCACAGCUGCAAGCUACACAGCAAUAUGUUAUGGCUUGUAUGCUCUGUUAUCGGUCACUCACCGAACAAUGGGACGCCUAUGAACGGGAGAACAAACCGAUUCUACAGCGGAUAUAUCACAUGAAACGGUUGGAUGGGAAAAACUACAUUGGCGCUGAUAUAGCCACACAGGGGGAAUAUGCUGCCCAGAUGUUGGGACUUAGUGCUGAGCAUUUGACCACAUCUGGCGGCGAUCGGAGUUCCGGUGAUCGAGGUGGAGGUGGGGAACGAGGUCCCAGUUAUCCAUCGUCAGCGUACUCCUAUCCAAAUUCCGUGCAACGACCAAUGUCCCGAGAAUACGGACAGCACCCGAUGGCAAUGCAUGCGUCGCCGCAACCUCCACAGCAACAUUCUGCAGCGGCUUCACUUCGCAAUGACUCCCCACAUCGUCCAACAUCCCGCAAUGACUCACCGUCACACCAUCAACAACAAAAAGCCGACUACUAUGGAAAGAGUCCUUCGGUGAGCUAUCCUCCCGGUCAGAGGCCGUCAAGUCGCAAUACCGAAAAAUCCCAUAGUCGUCCUCAUUCUCGCGAAAAUCCUCACCAUUCAUCGUCGCAACAUCAAAUGUCCGCCCUGUCGCCUCAGCAACAAGUUGCUCGUCCCACGUCGGCACCAUACGAUGGCAUCAAUAUAAAACCGUCCUCGUUUGCCCAUCAUAAGCUCAAACUUGGCCAGAUCUCCUACAUGAAUUCGAUAUCUGGACCGAAUUACCCCUCGCAACAGCAGCAACAUCAUGCUGCUGCAGCAGCGGUCCAACAACAGCAACAAUACCAACAACAACUUCACCAACAUCAACAGCAUCAGCUGCAAAUGCAGAUACAACAGCAACAUCAACUCCAACAACAGUACCACCAUCAUCAACAACAACAGCAACAACAACACCAGCAACAACAACAGCAACAACAUCAGCAUCAUCAGCAACAACAACAACAGCAACAACAACAGCAACAACAUCAACAGCAACAACAACACCUGCAACAUCAACAACAUAUGCAACAACAGUCCUACCAUCAUCUUCCACCGCAAACAUCCCCGCACGAAUACGGUAGCAGCAGUAAAUCACAAGCUUACGGAUCCAGCAGUGCUGGCAUUCAUCCAGCAGCACCACCGCCACCCGUUCCAUCGACGGUGCCAGUACCAACAACGGCUCCAGCAGCAAAUCCCACCGAAGAUGAAGCAGUUCUCGAUUUACGAAACUCACAUCAUUCUUCGCCAAUUGUUCAGCCACCGUCAGCAUCACGAACGCCAACGUCACAACACGCGUCUUCGAAUACCACAACGCCCAAUCCGGUGGAAGUUGGAAUUCUCGAUUUAUCAAUGCCCGAUAAAAACUCAACAACGGAAGUGUGUUAUGUUUGUGGGGAUGAACAACGUCGCGGCAGUUUAAUCGAACUGAAUACAUGCAAACCGAAAGAAUCAAAAGAUCGCGAUCGUCCGUAUUUUACGAUAUUCAACGAAACCCAUCCGCGUCCGGCCAGAUCGCGACCCAAAGAUCCACGCGGAAUGAUACAGGCUUGUCGAUUGUGUCACGAUCAUUUAAUGCAACAGUGGAAUAAUCAUCAGGCAACUCGUGCAGCAGAAAAUGAACGUUACUACUCGCUGCGUAAACGACCAGCACCAGUGGCCGAACGUACAACAUUUGUUUGUUAUACAUGUGGCGGCGAUACGCCAUCAUCUCAAUUACGCUUAGUCUAUUGUUGUCAAAAUGGCGAACGAGAGCCUUAUUAUCCUUUUAUCAAAACAAUGAAACCAUUUAAAAAUGCUAGUCCCAUAAGUCCGCAGGGCAUGGUGCAAAUAUGUUCCUCGUGCUAUGAUAAGCACUCACAUUUAGCCGAAGGUGGUACACCAGCUAUAAGCAGCAUAGACGGUCUAAAUAAUAGCAACAGCAGCGGUAGCGGCUUGAUGUUCAAUUCAAGUGGUGCCGUUGUAAGUGGCGGCGGCGGCAUCAGUAGUGGCAAUCCAAAUGUCACAAGCGUUUGUAGUGGCGGCGGUGCUGCUGGUGUAAUUGGUGGAGGAGGUGUUGGUGGUGGUGGUGGUGUUGGUGGUCAACAUAUCAUCACACCAACAGGUGGCAGUAGUGGCAAUGGCGGCGGCGGAAAUGGCGGUCGCUAUACACCCUCGGAGAAAUCACUAGCCAAUUCGGAUUCAACGAGUAAUGUUAGAUUUAAGCCCUACGAGUCCAAUUCCAAUAACUCCUCAUCGGCAAAUCGUGAUCUUAAACCAUACAGACGUGAUUCCAGACCAAAUACACCUCCAUCGUCCCAAGGUACCAUUGAAAAUGGUCAUGGGCAAUAUCCUUGCUACAUUUGUAAAACACUUUGUGCAACAAACAAAAUGGAAUGGCUGUCGACCAGUGCCGAGCACAUGAACUCCCAUGCAAUGCAUUUUCCAUGUUUAAAGGGUAGCAGUAGUAGUGAUUCAGCUGGUACUUCAAAUCGGGUAUUAGCAUGCAAGGACUGUGUUAAUCAUUUAGCCCGUCAAUGGGAUACAAUGGAUGCGGAACGUGUUCCAUUGGAACAUAGAAGAUAUAACAUUCCAUCACCAAUGAUGGCAUCUAGUUCACCAAAUGGCUCAAGACAUGGUGGCAUGAGCAUAAAUACACCACCAUCAACACCAUCGGUUUCAACAACACCAGCUAGCACCUCAAUCUAUUGUUUCCUUUGUGGUUUGCAUUCAGAUUUGACUCUAGCACGAGUCCUCUACACCAGCAAGGAGGGCAAUCGACCAUACUUCCCGCAUUUACUUAAACAUAAAUCACCGCCAAAUGCUGAGCAAUUACGCUCCGAUUAUUCAGCUUUAGUCUGUACAUUCUGUUAUCACUCGUUGCUGAAUCAAUGGAGGAAAUAUGAAGCACAAAAUCCAAGUGUGAAUCCAGCUGAACGUAAAUACAAUUGGCACGAUUACAUUUGCCAUUUGUGUGGAAUAACAACGUAUCGAAAACGUGUUAGAGCUUUGCCCGUUAACGAAUUUCCAUUUGUGAAAAAUCGAAAAAGCGACGAUGGUCUUUUGUUGGAAAAUGGAGAAUAUGCGGUCGUUUGCUUGGAUUGUUAUGAGAGUUUAAGACAACAAGCUUCUCAACAUGAUCGAGUUGGUGUUCCAAUAUCAAGAAGAGGAUACAAUUGGGUGCCACAACCUCCACCACCCGAAGAUAGCCCUGAUGUUUCUGUAGCCCGGUUGCCCUGUGGCGAAAGAUCUGAUAAAAUACAAAUUAAUACAACUUUAAGACCAAUACCAAAUAAAAAGAACAGCUCACCAAAACAAUAUGUACACGAAAAACCAAGAGAUGUUGGUGUACCACCAAAAGCCGGUCAAAAGCGUCCUGCAACCAGUCCAGCUCCGCUUAUACCAUCACCGCAUCAUUUGCAAUCACCUUCGGGUGCACCACCCCAAGUCCAACAGAAUUCAGUCCAUGGUCUUAGUAACCAUGGCGCAAGCAAUCACAUUGGGGCCCAGUCACCUUCAAUGCAAGGCCAACAACAGCAACAGUCACAACAAGUGUGCGGAGUUCCGGGAGGUCUUAAUCAGCCAUUUGCUUCGGCUCUACGAAAUCUAGCCAAACAGGCUGACAUCAAGGAAGAAGAAGAUGUUGUUGUUCGGGAUCGUGGUGGCACACAAGGCGGCGGUGGGGGUGGUGGUAGUGGUCAACGUGGUGAUGGGACAUCAUCAUCUUCCGCAGUGCAGAAUUCAUCCACAUCGCGUGUGCCUUCAACAAAUGAUUCCCGGCUUGGGGUCGACAGUCGUCUGGGUAGCAGUCAAGAUGAAAGAAAUGUUGCGAAAAAGCGUUCGGCGCCAUCGCCUCAACCAGCAGAGAAAAUCCCUCGCUUGAAUUCAGGUCAGACAUCAGGUCUACAACCAGAACUAUUGGCCCGCAGUGGCUUUCAACCAUAUCGAUCGGAUGAACGUCUAAUGCAUCCUGCUGGACCGUUCCCCUUAGAUGCAUAUUCUCCAUUCGCAGGGCUACCCGGUAUGCCACCGGGCGCCGCCAUUUUCAAUCCGGCCAGUCUCCAAUAUUCGGAACAAUUUUUAUUGGAGCAACGUCAUCAAUUGUUGCGAAGUGGCGUUCACUAUUCUCAUCCUCAUGCGCAUUCGUUGUACGGGCCGUUGGCAUCACCGUACUCGUCACAUUUGUAUCCGUUUAUCAGCGUUCCCGUCCUGCAUGAGCGUAUGAAAAUGGAAGAGGAACAUAGAGCGCGCAUUGCACGUGAAGAAGAACGUGAGCGUGAACUUCAAAGAGAAAAAGAACGUGAACUCCGCGAACAGAGAGAACGGGAACAACGUGAAAAGGAACAGCGAGAACGUGAACAACGUGAAAAGGAACAGCGCGAACGUGAAAAGGAACAAAAGGAGAAAGAAGCACGUGAACGUGAGAUGCGUGAAAAAGAACGCGAAGCUAGAGAACGCGAGCGCCUUAUAUCGGCCUCACAUCACUACUCCAAUCCAUUGUAUUCGCCCCUGAAUAGGAAUCUUCUUGGUCCAAUGUUGCCCCAUAUUGGCUUAAGUCUGCGUCCGCCACAGGCUGGCAUGCAUGGUCUGCCCUCUAUGUCACCCUAUCAUUCCAGCAACCAACGUCAGAGUCCGAUGGGUCUGAAUUUGGGUCUUUCCUUGCCCGGAGUUCCAAAUCUUCCACAUGGGCCGAAUAUGCAACAUCACUUGCAGAGUUCAGGCCUUGGACUGGGUCAUCCUGGAGCUGGACUUGCCCAUCCCAGUUUCUCCGCAGCAGCCUUGGGUCUCUCCCAUCAUGGCCUAAACUUGUCACAUCCUCACAUGUCGCCCCAUCAUCCACCCAUCACAGCUGCCCAUCAGCUACCACCGCAUUCGACACCACACUCGCAUGUGUCCACAAACAAUUCACAACAUGGCAGCCUGAAUCUUACCCAAAGCUCUGCUGGUAAGCACUCCGAAGCCACAAUUAUCACAUCCUCGGCAUCGGCCAUGCAGUCUCACUCAUCGCACAGCAUAAAUGCCCAGCCGCCAACAAGCAUUCCGAAUAGUAUGUACUAUGCCCAUCAUCCUGGACAUCAUUCAUCUAUGCAUUCGGUCAGUCCACUAGCGCCAUCUGCUGCCCAUCAGCAGUCUUCAUCUAUUUCGAUGUCGAUGGCAGCCCUAAAUCACCAUACUUCCUCAUCGGGUGGCAUGAAAAUACCCACACCCACCUCAUCGGCUGGUCAGCAACAGUCCAUGCCACCGAGUACGCACAAUCAAAAUGGCGGACGAGCAUCAAACAGUCCUCGGCAUCCGCUAGAGAAGCCGCAAACCGGCCUUGGCCCCUUAUCGGCCGCAGUAUCGAUCAAUGAGCCAACUACCUUGGAUCUCACAGGUUCAAAUUCCAACCAUGCCUCGAGUAUCGGAGGCGGCAGCAGUGUUGGAACUCCGGCCAACAAUCGUACUCCACCUUCACACGAGUUAAAUGGAACAGCUACAACUACAACCGCCACAAUGGUAAGCGAUGCCUCUGAAUCUAGCAAGGAAGCAACUGCUGUGAAUGUAGCUCCAUCUAGUGGCCGUGGCGGAGGAACUCCAAAUAAAGAUAAUGAAAAUAUGAAAAGCUCGCCCAUAGAUGACGCAAUAAAGCAAAAACCGCCAACACCAGUUACAGCCACUCCUACCACAACCACCAUUGUGAACUCGUCACCGGAAGACGCUCGACGCAGUCCCGACGAUCAGGCAUCGGCUGGUGUAAUUCCCUCUUCAGGUAAUACUAACAAGCCAUCCCCUAACAGUACAGUUAUGGAGGGCAUCACACAAUUGUCACCUCCAUCUGCCAUCAUUAAUGAGCAGACCUCUCCCAAGCCCUCCGAUGUGACGGCCACAUCAAAGAUCUCCCCUUCAGGUGAUGCUACCGGUGUUACUUCAACCACCGGGGGCACUAUAAGCCCUCCGGCGGUGGUAAGUAGUAGCACAAAUAUUUCGGUUACUCCCUCCUCAGAGGAGGUUGUGUCCAGCGCUAGCGCUAAUGAAGUGUCCCGGUGAAAAAUCCCAAACGCUAAAACAUUAAAAUUUUGUUUUAAAGUUGUAAAUAUUUGAAUGAUAAAAACUAUUAAAUAAAAACAGUUUAGGACAUUAAGCAUUUUCUUUAUUUUUUAAAAUAUUUUAUUUCUAUUUUUUGUGGAAAAUUCAUUUAAUCUUUUAUUUAAAAUAAAUUAAAUAAAUAUUUUCAGUUUA